UGCACCUGCGUGUCGUGUGUGUGCUGUGUGGCUGGGAAUCUGGAAUCCCCUCAGCCCUUUCGUUUGGGGUCUUAGAGGCGAUGGAGACAAGCCCUCCCCCUGCUUACACGGUCAAGAAAUCUGCGGGUGAGGUUCGAGAUACAUAAAGCAUUCCUGGGGUGUGUGUCUUUUAGCACGGUGCUUUGACAUACUCCUCCAGGCUCACAGGGGGGAAGCUUAUACGUGGUCAUUUAGUAGAAGUAAUGGACACUGAUGAGCGUUAGAGGGCACAGGCUCUGCCCUGCGAUUGCCUGGGUUCAAGUCUCAGUUCCAGGUCAGUAGCUGUGUGAUGUCCUCGGGCAAGGUGCUCUCGCUGUCUGGACUUCAAUUUCCCUGUUAUAUGCAGUCAGGCUGAUUGUGUUACACUCACGAGAUUUUCUGGUUGUUAAAUUGGUUAAUGUGAAGCUCUCGGCACAUGCUAAGAAUCUGAGUGCACUGUCCUGUGUGCAGCUGUCACUCACAUAUCACGAAUUAAAUUAAAAAUUCAGUUCCUUCUCACUUCCCCAUCUCAGGUGCUCAGUGCCCACAUGUGGCUGGUGGUUGCUGUAAUGGACAGUACAGGUCAUAGAACAUUCUCCUUGCAGAAGUCCCAGCAGACAGCGCCAAUCUCAGUGUUUGCUGACACCACCUGAAAAACAGAAUCUCUGCCCUAUCGUCUGGUGGCUGUCUGGGUGGGAACUUGCACAGCUAAGAGGGUCACCCUUGUGCUGUGACACACCCCCCGUCUGCAUGUUCAGGAUGAGGCACGCUGGCCAGGAGAUGGGCAGCUGCUGGCCCAGUCCCCCUGCACUUACUCAGGUGGUGAAAGGCUCAGCCUGCUCGUGAGUGAGGUCAUGAGGCUGUCAAGGGGUGCCGGCAGGGCGGACGUAUCCCCAGGUGUGUCUGAGCUGAAAACAGAUCUCCUGGAGUUCGACAGACCUGGGCAAGUCCUGCCUCUGCCGCUGGCUGCCGUUGUGCCUUUGGGCAACUUAACUCUCUGGGUUCAGGUUUCUCAUGGAAAAGCGAGUUACAGUGUAUGUCACAGAGCCCUUAGAAAGAAUGUGAUAAAUCCUACAAAACAAAGUACCACCGCACUGCACAGAACUGGUGACCGGCUGGUGACCAGCAGUGGUUGGCUCUCACGUCUUGCUUACCCAUGUUGCACAUAGCAGCGCUUAGAGUUAAGAGCUCAGUAAAUAUUUGUACAAUGAGUAAAUGAAUGUCUGUUUCCUUUUGCACCUUGACUGGGCAAAAACAAACAGCAAAACCUCUGACUCACGGUUUCAUUUUUCUGGAAACAGAACAGUCCAGCCCCACUAGGUAUGGUGUGUGGUUGGGCCUUCAGGCUUCCUGCGUUGAAUUUAAGCUUGUCGGCAUUACCCUGACAUGUGCAAAAGUGGCGUAUGCCAGAAUGCUAGCGAGUCAGAACAUUGUGAUCAUCCUCUGUGGGAACAAGAAGGACCUGGACGCCGACCGUGAAGUUACUUUCUUAGAAGCUUCCAGAUUCGCUCAAGAAAAUGAGCUGAUGUUCUUGGAAACUAGUGCACUAACGGGGGAGAAUGUGGAAGAGGCCUUUGUACAAUGUGCGAGAAAAAUACUUAACAAAAUUGAAUCAGGAGUGAUUUGGUCAAAGAGCACCCUCUCUACACCUGUCAACCUAAAAUUGCCACUUACGGUCUUGAAGGUCUCGUCCGCUUGGCUGAGGCAAAGGCCCACCCCUUUUUCCCAGUGGCUUCCUUGCACCAUUGGUGAAAGAGAACGGGCAGGGUUUCCGCAUGUGUUUGCUUUCAGAACCACGGCCUUUUGUGGGUCCGUUACUUAGAGGAGGAAGGUGGGGUUGUUGUCCACUCUCUGUCAAGAGCUUGCUGGCCCUGCUGGGCCAGUGGUCCCAGGGUGUGAUGGGGGACCACCUGGGUGAGAUUGAGGGAGUUCCAGGUACACGCAUGAUGUGGAUACUUCCAGCUUGGGCAUUGUAAAUUUAUUUCUGAAGCUAACUGAGUGUGUGCCUAGGUUAUAACCUGUCUCAUUAUUGUUGUAUUUGUUGCUUCGGUAAAAAUAAAUUUAAAAUAACCCAAAUUUAGAUAAUUACUAUGUAAUGUUCAUUUAUUAAAGUUGAGUUUUAUUUAAAUAUUACUGAAAUUAUAUAUAGACAUUUACUUUUUAAUUGAUUCCAUCAAAUAUCUGAAUGUCUGUUCUUUGUCAGGUGCUGGGAUACAAAAAUGAUUUAAUCAUAAUCCUUACCCUCAGGAAACUGUCUUUCAUAGGAGACAUCAAAAAAUAAUUACAAUACAGUGUGGUGGAUAUAAUAACUGAGGGGUGCGUAGGAUCCUGGGAUCACACAGAGAAGGGGGACCUGCCUAGCUAGGUCAGGGAGGUAGUGUCUGGGAGGGUUCCAGGAGGAGGGACAGCUGAGCUCAGUCUUUCACAAUGUGAGGAAGAGUGAGCUGGCUAAGGGGGUGGGGUAGUCCUGCCGAGGGGACAGCAUGAUUUGAAAGUAACCAGAAAGAAAAGUCACUGGACCAGAGAGACUCCUGUGGGGAUGGCAGGUGAGAAGGUUGGAGAGAGGUGGCAUCCAGGCUAGUGAUUCUCAUCAAGGAUCUGGAACUUCAUCUUGUGGGUUACUGAGUUGUACCCUGGCUGUACACUAGAGUCUCCUGGGAUGCUUGAAAAUUCAGAUCCCAGGCACCAUCUCUCAAGAUCCUGAAUAAUUGGGCUGAAGUAUGGUCUAGGCAUCAGCAUUUCUAAAAGCCCUCUUAUGUGAUUGAUUCUAAUGAUCAUCCAGGAUUAAGUACCGCUGCUGUAGAGGCCAGGAAGCUAUUCAAGGAUGUUAAGCAGCGAGCAGUGUGGUCAGGCUGGGACUUGAGGUAGAUCACAUAUGUGAAUGGCCAUGUUGAGAAAGGAUUGAAAGGACAGCACAAUUAAGGCAUUUUUGAGUAAUCCAAGUAAAAGGUGACUGAUUAAAGCUUUGAGGAGGAUGUGGAAGUAGAGACAAAGAGAUAUAGAUGAAUCAGAAUUAUUUUGGUAGUAGCAUCAUAUGACUCAUGCUGAAUAGUAGGACAGGGCGGUCGAUUUGGGGGUGGGGAGUGGUGAGGAGGUGGGUUAGGAAGGCAUGAGGAGCCAGGGGUAAUUAGAUGUCACACGUGGGUGACUUGGUAAAGAGAUGUCAUUAAACCAGAGGAUAAGCAGGGUCAAGGGCAUGUAGAUGAUUCUGUUCUAGACGUGUUCCCUUUGCAGUACCACUGGCACAAGCCCAUGGAAUGAUCUCAUAAGCUCUGGGGAGAAGUCUGGGCAGGCAGUAUGCAUUUGUCAACCAUCAGUACGUAGAGUAGUUGAAACUAUGGAAGGAACGGGAUCAUCUGAGAGCACUUGAGAGUGAGAAGAGCACUGAUCAAAAGCAGAACCUUGGAGACCGAGAGAUGGAGAAGAGGAGGAACCUACAAAAGAGGAGUAGGAAAGGGUCAGAGAGAUGUAUGGAAAGAACCAGGGGAAAGUGGCUGUCAUUUCAGCCAAAAUAAUGACAGUCAAAGACUUGUUCACUAUCAAAUGCUGUAGAGAACAGUCUCCUAAGCCAAGAACUAAGCUAGAAAAAUACCCACUGGGGUGGGCAAUAGGAAGUCGUUGGGCUUCUUUAUCAAGAUCAACGUCAGUAGAAUUAAGAAAAUAGAAGACAGCAAUUGAGGAACAAAGAGGAGGUGAGAAGGCAGAGUGAGUGUUGACUCUUCUCUGGAAGGAAAGUAAUGGUAGCGUAGGGUACAAAGGGUUAACUUAAAGAGGUUUUGGUAAUGGAAGAAUAUUUGUGUGGAUGCUGAGAGAGAGAAACAGGUGGAAAGGAAGGAGAGGAGAUGACAGACAGCAGGAUGCGGGGUGAGCUGCAGGGAGGGAGCGUCGAGGGCCCAGAUGGAAAAGAGGGACCCUUCAUCCUUCUGGAUUUUCUUGAUCUGAAAAUAAAAAAGAUUUUUUUUUACUAAAUUUUGCAGAAAAGCUGUUACUUUUAAAGACUCCAUAACAUUGUUAUUAAAAUUGGCUUGGCGUUGAGUAUUAUUAAGCUUAGCACGAGGUUUGAUGUAAUUACCUUGCUUCCUUAAUACUGCAUAUACAAUCUUCAAGAUAAAAAGAUCAAAAUCAUAAUUACAUCUAGGUGAGAAAAUAUACAGAUGUAAGUUAAAAUUUUUCAGCAGUACUUUAAAUUUUCUGAAUAGGCAGUACAUUCACAUGAUUCAAAAACCACUGUUUCCUCUUUUUUUUUCAAGACUUAUUUAUUGGUUAGAGAGAGCACGC